GCAAGUGAAUAUCAGACCGGAAAGAUUCUUGAGGGGUUUACCAUAUGAACACAGACAACACCCUGAUCUGCAUUAGUUGUAAGAUAUAUUGACUGCAGUGGAAGAACACUCUACAAUGCAGACAAUGGAGUUUGCCAUCGUAUAUCUUUUAGUGGUCACUUCUACUCUGUCUUCAGGAUGGACGAGAAGUGUAGAUCUAGAUCUUCACCGCUACACACAGCAAACAUCCAGCCCUCAACAGAUGAACAACAUGUGCAGUGAUUGCAACAGGAUUGUACAGUUGUUGAGGGAAAUGCUCUCCAAUCAAGACUCACAGAACCUUGUUGAAGAAGCUCUCAAAAAAAUGUGUCAUGAAGUCCCCAAUAUGUUUUGGUGCAUGGAUGGAUCAAAUAAAUAUCUACUUUUGGCCAGACAGUAUCUCAGUGAAUUGCCAAAUCACAAAGACGGUGACAUAUGUUCACUGUUGGGACUAUGCAGCAUGGGGCCGGCAGACAGAAAAGCAACAUCAGUGCUGAGUGGAACUAGUCAAGAGGUUCCUUUAAAUCCUAUCUGUACCUUCUGUCUGUUCCUAAUAAAGACACUGGAGAGCAUGUUGCCAAAAGAAAGAACUGAAGAAGUCAUAGUGAAGCUUCUGGAGAAAAUCUGUGACUAUUUGCCAGCACAAUAUAAGGAUAUGUGUGACAAAUUUAUAGAAACGUAUGGAAAGAAACUCAUUGAUCUUCUAGUGUCCUCCGCCCCUCCACAUACUAUCUGUGCUGCGCUGGGGCUGUGUCACUCAGAGACACCAAUACUAUUGUCCACUGUGCACACAGACUGUGAUUCCUGUAAGAAGCUAGCAGUUCUGUCUCAGUUUCAUUUGGGCCACAACUUCACUGAGAUCCAGACCUCUGCUGAGCUGCAGAAGAUAUGCCACCUUCACCCGAAUGCUAUUCCUCAAUGUGAAAGGUUUGUGAAGCUUCAUGGCCUCAGGGUGCUGAAGAAUGAAGCAAAACUACCAGCUAUUAUGGCAUGCAAGGAGGACUACCUUUGCAGGGGACACAACUGAAAUCAACUGAUUCGAUACUAUUUCAGCUCAGAAGCAAUUGAUCAGUUUACCUGAUCAAACCUUGUACUUCCACUUUAAUGGUAUAAAAGCAAGGGACAUUUUAAGACUCCUACUUAAGCUGUGAUGACAUUUAAUUAGCCUUAAAAUUAUCUUUACGCACCUAUCAGAUUUUAAUGUAAGCAUACAAAUGUUCUUUCAUGUCAAAUGUUUUUAAUAAUUAUCAUUGUAUUGCUAUGCAUUGAAAACAUGGCACGGUUAAUUUUUCUUUUGUCAAGUUGGUUAAUUGUUUGGUUACAUAGAUUCAUAUUUUCUCUAUGCCAUUAAAAUGGGAAAACAGCAUAUGAUUGAAGAUGAUUAAGAUGAUUUAAUAACAAUGACUCAAAUGACAAUAAUUUUAACAGUGCAACAUUAUGCUUGUCAUCAGAAAAACUCACAAAUACUGUAUAUCAUAAAAAUAAAAAAAAAACAAUUGCCUAUGAAUUUUUACUAUUGUUUGUGUGGAAAUGCUGUACAAGGUGGAAUGCCUUUUUCUUCACAUGAAAAUGUGUUAUCGAGGUGUUGCUCAAAAUGACAAAUAAUAAAUCCUAAAAUACAUUUCAACAACAACAA